AUGCGAUCCACUCGUGCCACUCCCACCUUCACCGUCUUCGCUCUUUUCGUCAUCGCGAUCCUUCCCCAUGUCACUAUUCAAGGACACUCAUUCUCACCAUUUGCAUCCUCCCUCGAAACACUCCAAAAGCAACUAGGGUACACUUUCAAGACCAUAAGUCUUCUCCGUCGUGCUAUGACUCACGCUUCCUUCUCCGAAGAGAACAACAAAGCUUUCAGCAUUUUUGGUGCUACCGUCAUAGAAACUUCGGUUUCUUUCAAUCUGCUUUCCAAAGACGUUGAUGUUUCUGCCAAAGAGAUGAACCGUCGAUUAUCAUUAAUAUCCAAUGUGGACUCUUCUUGUGCCGUUGAUGGAGUGCGUUUGGGUUUACAUAAGGUGGUUCGUGUUUCGCCCAAGACUAAUUCUUCUUCCACUGCUGUUGUUUGUGGGGCUUUCCGAUCGAUAUUCGCUGCUAUUGCUCUUGAUGCUGGCAAUACGGAUACCGCCGGUAAUGUUUUCUUGACUGUUCAUGGUCGUGAUCUGGGGUUUUCUAUGGAUAUGUGA